CUUGAGGCUAAGUAACGUCUCUUUAGUUCAAAAGGAUAUACCUGGCUGAUAAUUUUUCAAAGUUAGCAAAAUAUCUGUUGCUAUUUGAUUUUUGAACAAAACUAACAAAAGUGUUUUCAACGUGAACAAAAAACAUUAGGUUGCAACCCCCAUGAGGCCACUUUCCUUUGAAAACCUUAGGAGGCUCGUGAGCCGUAAGAAGGAUCGUAACGAGCCCUCCUUCAAACGUAGUGAAUCCUUUAAAAGGAUUUCGAUUAGGAAAAGUUAUUUGGAUCGUGGCAAACGUCGUAACAAAUUGCAAAAGAAUUUGGAACCUGUGAUAACUGCUCAACCAUGUGUAGUAGCUUCAUCAACACCAGCAACACCACAACCACCACCUGCUACUACAACAACAACAACAAGUAUACCUGAUCAUCAAGAAAGUAAAACACAGUGUAGGAUCAAAAUCAAAGAUCAACAACAACAACAACAACAACAGGAAGUUAGAAAGAAAGAAAACAUUUCGUUAAAUCGUGACGAAUCUAUCAGUUAUGACGAAUGGUUGCAAGGUGUUGAAUCGUCAUCACGUGAAAAACUUCAUCAGGAUAAUAAAGUGGUGAUCAAAGAUAUAAAUAAAACUAAAAUAACGAAUAAACAAUUUAUUCAAGAACUUCAUUCGAGUACCAAUGAUCUUACUGAUGAUUUAAAUUCAGCUAUUUUAUCGUUGAAACCUUUUGGUCCCACUACCACUACUACUACAAUUGUUAACAGUGAUAACGAUGAUUGGAUUUAUUCGGAUAAAAAUCUACACCAAUUGGAUAAUCAUGGACAAACACGUGACACAAUUUGUGUACCACUUGAAACUGGACCACCCAGUGUUAGCAUAAGUCUUGGACGAGUUUGGAGAGAUGCAGUACCUGUACCAUAUCCUUCCUCUUCCGGACCAUCCGUUCAUCAUUCUUUGGACAGUGCAUUGAAAGAAAGAAAAUCAACUCAACCAACUGUUGCUAGAACCGUCUCGGCUCCAGAAAAAACCAUUAUCAAGGACAACAAUUCUUCAUCUUCAUCGUCAUUUGGUUUUUCACUUAGGUUCAGCAAACUGGCUGACUUCAGGGCAGGAAGUACGAGAAAUGGUGGAUUCUUCCGAAGAAAAACAUCGUCAAAACCAUCACCAAGUGUCAGUACAGAAGGUUAUUUUAAAAGAACAAGUUGUCAAAGAAGAUCCAGUUCGAGAAAACGUGGAAAAAGGACAUCGUCACAACGAACAACAACUUCAUCUUCACAGAGAACAUCUCAAAGAUGUAAAAAAAAUAGUUCUGAAGAUCCUGUAGCAACUGCAACAACAAGAACAACAGGGGUGGUUGUGACAGGGGUUGGUUCAAUUAUAAGAGAAAACAGUCCAGUUUGGUUUGUGCCACCUGAAAGGAGACGUUCGAGACGUCAAAGAAGAGUUUGGCGUGAGAUUCGUUAUUUUCCUGAAAAAGAAGAAGAAGAAGGAGAAGAACAGGUUGACGAUGAAGAAGAAACAUUGAUAUUGAAAAAAUUCGAUGAUUAUUAUUCGUCCAAUAAUUUAUCGGACGAUCAAUUCGACGAUCAGAAAUUAUUGCUAUCCGGUGACUUUAACGAGAGGAGAGACGAGACGUUUAAUUCACUCGUUUCCUCAUCGUUAGGUUCGUUCUCGAUUACGUCAUCUUCAUCGUCAGUAUGUCCGGCACCAAAAAUAAGCGAUUUCAACGAGGACAAAUUAUUUUCGGAAGAAUUAAGAAACCGUGCUGCUGGUGGCAAUGAUGGUGGUUUGUUAAGUAAACAAAAUAUUUGGAAACCAUCAACAUUUUCAAUAAUAAAUACUGAAAAUUAUUUCAAUAGCAGUCAAUUUAUUAAUUAUCUUGCUAAAAAUACGUCAUUGAAUGAUAAUAGAAAACGUAUCAUCGUCAAAGAAAGAUCUAGAAAGGAUAGUAAUUCGUAUUACAGAUAUUUGAGUUCGACUGACAGUGAAAAUGAAUCUGUUCGACGUGACGAUGAAGAUGACGAUGACGAUGAAGAUGAUGAUGAUGAUGAUGAUGAUGAUGACAUAGAUAUAGAUGACGAUUAUCUUUUUCAACAACGUCAGCAACAUCUUAAAAGACAAAAAUCUGGACAGAGAAGACGACCUUUAAGAAGAAAAUCUCAACUACGUCGUGCAUCUGGUCAGCCCGUUUUUCUCGUUCGCAAAUGUUCGUCCUUGAGAAAACGACCCAGAGACAUAACACAAAAGGGCUAUGAAAAGAAACGGACACGUUUGCUGCAACAAUAUGCAUCUAAACAACUCGGGGUUGCUGGAAAUGGCGGCAUAUCUGGCAAUGAUGGAGACAUUGGUAGUGGUGAUGGUGUUGGUGUUGGUGGAGGUGGAGGCGGAGGGGGUUUGGGUGGUGUUGGUGGAGGAGGUGGAGGAGGAGGAGGACGACCACAGCCACGUGCACGACGCACGCAACGUCGUGUCACGCACAACGAGAAACGCUAUCAUUCAGGAGGUCGGCUAGUACCUGGUGGGAUCGCCAGUCCUCCGGGAUCUGGCGGCUCAACCGGAGGAAACACCGGGAAUUCAAACUCGGCUGCUGCUAGACGCGGUAAUCGCAGACUUACUCGCAAUGAGAGCCGCUAUCAUUCCGAGGUACGUCAGGAGGCUGUGCAACAAGCAUUGGCAGCCAUGCAAGGUCGACCAAAACCUUCCUUACCAAUGCCAUCAAAGAGGACUUCGGUCAUGGCUAGGAGUCCUGAACGUGAACGUCGUGACAGCGGGGAAUCAAGCAGUGAUGAGGAUAGUGUCGUAACAGAAGAAAGUCCUGGUGCUGGUGGUCCAACCGGUACUGGGUUAUCAGACACUAGCAGUACGGGAUCAGCACGUGACACACCACCACCACCAAGACCACCAGCUAGAAGGCCACCUGGUGCUGACAUUACUGACAUCGCCGAAUAUACGCCUCAUGCUUACUGUAAUAUACAACCACCGGACGUAACGCAUACGGGCAGUACGCCAACAGCACAGCAGUCGACUAGACGGCCUGGUGCCGAUCGUGUCAAUCGUUACCACGUAGUUGAGGAUCAAAAUAAUACAGGAACAACAGGACGUUGGAAAGUGUCAGCAAAAAUUCAACAAUUAUUGAACACAUUAAAACGGCCAAAGAGAAGACCAUUGCCAGAAUUUUAUGAAGACGACGAUAUUGAAUUGGAAAUAGCUGCUAAUCCUAAAGAUCCUAAUGCACCUAAACCGGAAGGUGGUUCAAUGACGUCAGCUAUCGGUGAACAACUGUCGGUGCCAUCGGGGUUACCCAGAUCAUUGGAAGCUGCUAUACAAAGGUAUGGCUCGGCAAGUUACAAAGCACCAGUUGCAACUGUAUUAGAUCCCAAUGGUAAACUUUGCAUCACCUUGACAUAUGGAAAACUUUUAAGUCGUUCCCAUAAAAUAGCUUAUACACUAUUAAACAAGGCACUAAGUCGUGGUGGCGAUUGUUGUCUCAAGCCUGGAGAUAGAAUCGCAUUGGUAUAUCCUAACAACGAUCCUAUCAGUUUCAUGUGUGCAUUUUAUGGUUGUCUUCAAGCUGGUAUAGUGCCUGUACCCAUAGAAGUACCAUUGACACGUCGAGAUGCAGGUUCACAACAGAUUGGUUUUCUUCUUGGUAGUUGCGAAAUUCAGGUUGCCCUAACCAGCGAGGCUUGUCUCAAAGGUUUACCAAAGACAGCAGCUGGUGAAGUAGUAGCAUUCAAGGGUUGGCCAAAAUUACAUUGGUUCGUUACAGAACAUUUAGGUAAAACUCCUAAAGAUUGGUUACCACCUCCUCGUUUAACCGACGAUACACCAGCAUACAUCGAAUAUACAACAGUGAAGGAUGGAUCGGUGAUGGGUGUUACGGUUACGAGAUCAGCCAUGCUUGCUCAUUGUCGUGCACUAACACAAGCGUGCGGUUAUACCGAAGGAGAAAAUGCCGUUUGUGUGUUAGAUUUUAAACGGGAAGUUGGCCUCUGGCAUAGCACUUUGACUAGCGUAUUAAAUGGGAUGCACGUUAUAUUUAUACCGUAUGCCUUGAUGAAGGUAAAUCCAGCUAGUUGGAUGCAAAUGAUUACGAAAUAUCGUGCCAGUGUUGCAGUAGUUAAAUCACGAGAUCUUCAUUGGGGUUUAUUAGCAACUAAAGAUCACAAGGAUAUAUCAUUAUCCUCGUUGAGGUUGUUACUAGUCGCUGACGGUGCCAAUCCUUGGUCCCUAUCCUCCUGUGAUCAAUUUCUUUCUGUGUUUCAAUCGAAGGGUCUUAGACCGGAUGCUGUAUGUCCUUGUGCAUCAUCUAGCGAAGCACUUACGGUAUCUGUAAGAAGACCUGGUCGUGCAGGAGUUAAUGCUACCGGACGUGGUGUACUUUCUAUGUCAGGAUUAAGUUAUGGCGUUGUUAGGGUAGAUCAAGAAAAUUCAUUGACUUCACUUACGUUACAAGAUUGUGGUCAAGUUAUGCCAGGAAGUAUUGUAGUGGUAGUUAAGAUGGAAGGAAAACCAUAUAUUUGUAAAACCGACGAGGUUGGUGAAAUAUGCGUACAUAGUUCUGCUACUGGUAGUCAAUAUUGGGGACUUCAAGGAUUAACAAAUAAUACUUUCAAAGUAUCACCAUUACAAGCGGAUAGUACACCAUUAGGGGACGUGGAAUAUACACGAUCGGGUUUAUUAGGAUUUCUUGGUCCUGGUGGUUUGGUAUUCGUUUGUGGAUCUCGCGAUGGUCUUAUGACAGUGACAGGAAGGAAACAUAAUGCGGACGAUAUUAUUGCUACCGUAUUGGCGGUAGAACCAAUGAAAUUUAUUUAUCGUGGUAGAAUUGCUGUAUUCAGUGUUAGAGUUUUGAGAGAUGAAAGGAUAUGCGUUGUUGCUGAACAACGGCCAGAUUGUAGCGAGGAAGAGAGUUUUCAAUGGAUGUCACGUGUUUUGCAAGCAGUUGAUUCUAUCCAUGCAGUUGGGAUUUAUUGUCUUGCAUUAGUACCACCUAAUUAUCUACCAAAAACACCACUUGGGGGUAUUCACCUAUCAGAAACCAAAAGACGUUUUCUAGAAGGUGCACUACAUCCAGCUAACGUUCUGCUCUGCCCACAUACUUGUGUUACCAACUUACCAAAACCGCGUGAAGUCCAUUCGGCGGGGGAUUCUGUUGCAGACGUUGGUCCCGCGAGCGUGAUGGUUGGCAACAUCGUUCAAGGAAAUAGACUGGCAUCUGCUCAAGGACGUGACAUGGGUGUUUUAGACGAGGACAGUGAUAAUGCUAAAAAGUAUCAAUUCAUCUCAGAGAUUCUACGUUGGCGUGCAGUUAGUACAUCCGAUCACGUAAUAUUUACAUCCCUAAAUGCCAAAGGAGCAGUGGCCACUUCAUUGUCAUGUUUACAACUUCACAAGAAAGCCGAACGCAUUGGGAAUCUUUUAUUGGAUCGUGGAAGAAUAAACACCGGUGAUCACGUAGCAUUAUUAUUUCCACCUGGGACAGAUUUGAUAUGCGCAUUUUAUGGUUGUCUUUACGUCGGUGCUGUACCUGUUACGAUCAGGCCCCCACAUCCACAAAAUUUGCAAACAACAUUGCCAACCGUUCGCAUGAUUGUUGAUGUCAGUAAAUCCGUACUCGUACUGACCAAUCAAAAUAUCAUGAAACUAUUAAAAACUAAGGAAGCUAAUAAUGUUAUCGAAGUUAAAACUUGGCCAACGAUUCUUGAUAUGGAUGACAUGCCAAAGAAGAAACUUCCCGUUAUGUAUCGAGCACCUACUGCGGAAAUGUUGGCAUAUUUGGAUUUUAGUGUGUCAACUACUGGCAUGUUGGCAGGAAUUAAAAUGUCACACGCGGCAGUAACGUCUUUAUGCCGUGCUAUGAAACUCGCAUGCGAAUUGUAUCCUUCAAGACAUAUUGCUCUCUGUUUAGAUCCUUAUUCCGGUCUUGGAUUUGCUUUAUGGUGUUUAAGCAGUAUAUACAGUGGACAUCAUUCCAUUUUAAUACCACCAUCCGAGGUUGAAGCAAAUCCAGCUUUAUGGUUGUCAGCUGUUAGUCAAUCCAGAGUAAGGGAUACUUUUUGCUCCUAUGGUGUUAUGGAAUUAUGCACCAAAGGCUUGGGUUCCUCGGUUCAUGCUUUAAAAGCUCGUGGCGUUAGUUUAGCAUGUGUUAGGACUUGCGUAGUAGUUGCAGAAGAAAGACCACGAAUAGCAUUGACUACGAGCUUCAGCAAACUCUUCUCAGCGCUUGGAUUAAGUCCGCGUGCUGUCUCAACGUCGUUUGGAUGUAGAGUUAAUACUGCCAUAUGUCUUCAGGGUGCAUCUAGUCCGGAACCAUCAACGGUAUACGUGGAUUUACGAGCAUUACGUAACGAUCGUGUAUCCCUAGUCGAAAGGGGUAGCCCACAUUCACUCUGUUUAAUGGAAUCAGGAAAAUUACUACCCGGUGUCAAAGUUAUAAUAGCAAAUCCAGAAACUAAAGGUCAAUGCGGUGAUUCACACUUAGGAGAAAUCUGGGUACAAUCGGCACACAAUGCAAGUGGUUAUUUUACAAUUUAUGGGGACGAGACUGAUUAUGCUGAUCACUUCAAUGCACGACUAGUAACUGGAAAUACAAAUGAAGUUUACGCUAGGACCGGUUAUCUUGGUUUCUUAAGAAGGACUGAAAGCGUUCAACAGUCUGUUAUUAGUGACGUUCCUGGUGAUACUUCAGCUGCAUCUGAAGCCGAUUUAGUUCCCGGUGAUGCCGAAUUACAUGACGCUGUUUUUGUCGUUGGUGCUUUGGACGAAGCCAUUUUACUUAGGGGCAUGAGAUAUCAUCCGAUUGAUAUCGAAAACAGUGUCAUGAGAUGUCAUAAGAAAAUUGCUGAAUGCGCCGUGUUUACGUGGACUAAUUUGUUAGUAGUAGUGGUAGAGCUUGACGGAAGUGAAAGUGAAGCUCUCGAUUUAGUGGCACUUGUUACUAGCGCUGUUUUGGAAGAACAUCAUUUGGUAGUAGGUGUAGUAGUAGUAGUUGAUCCUGGUGUAGUUCCAAUCAAUUCGAGAGGUGAGAAACAACGGAUGCAUUUGCGUGAUGGAUUCCUUGCAGAUCAACUUGACCCGAUUUAUGUAGCCUAUAACAUGUGAACGCUAAUCAUCAUCAAUAAGAUAAUAGAAUUUAUUAUUUUACGUUGAAGAAGACAUAGUUGAAAGAAAACAUAUAAAAAAAAAAAAAAAGAAAAAAAAACACAAAAAACUAGCUUGUCCGCAUAGUUUAAUACAUUCUACAUAUAUAUUGCCAUUGUUAAUAUUUUUUUAAACUUAUAAGACACGUGACCACCAAUGAAUAGUAACGACGCGAUUAUUAUGAUCACACCUAACCUCUCAACCUCUCAACCUUCCUCCUCUCAGUGUGUGUUACGUGUGUGCGUGUGUGAUCAUCGUACGCUCAAUUUUAGGACUUUCUUUUGGUUUGUUUUUAUUUUUAACACGGGACAAGCGUUAUAUAUAUAUAUAAUAUGAACAAAAGAAAAAUGUGCUAAUGGAAGAGAUAUUCCGACAUUUUGUCAACUUUAAACUGCCAGAUACAAACACGAACAAAACUAAAAUUUAUGAUAAUUAUAUCAUUAGUUUGAUGAUUGUUUUUUUUUUUUAUAAUAAUAAUAAUAAUAAUCGGAUAUGUCUCUUCUCAUAAAAACAUCUUUCAAUCAUUUAAAAAAUAUAUAUAUAUAUAAAAAUAUUUUUUUUUUCUUUUCAUA